AUGGCAGAAUCUGCAUUGUCCUUGGCCGGUCAGCAUUUGCUUCCAAAAUUUUGGGAAGCUCUCAAUAUGCUAAAAGAUCUCCCAAAAGAAGUUGCGGACCUUACAGAUGAACUGGAGAGCUUUCAAGAUUUCAUCAAUGAUGCUGAUCAAGUGGCUGAAACUGAACAAGAUGGUGGUAGACGUGAUAGAAUCAAAAAAAGGGUGAUGCGGCUGAGAGAAGUAGCUUUUCGCGUGGAAGAUCUCAUUGAUGAAUAUAAGGUAUGUGAGGAAAAGCAACCUGAUGAUCUUGGAUGUGCAGCUUUACCAUGUGAGGUUGUUGACUUCAUCAAGACUCUGAUCCAUCGCAUUAAAGUAGCAUAUGAGAUUCAGGAAGUUAAGUCACUUGUUCCUGCAGAAAGAAAUGGAUUCAAAAGCCAUUUUCCUUUAGAACAAAAGCCAAACAGUUCUAGAGGAAAUCAAAAUGUCACAUGGCACAAACUUCGAAUGGCUCCUCUCUACACUGGGGAAGCUGAGGUUGUUGGCUUUGACGGCCCUAAAGAUCAAUUGAAAGAUUGGUUGAUAAAGGGACGAUUAGAGCGCACUGUCAUCUCUGUGGUAGGAAUGGGAGGACAGGGAAAAACCACUCUUGCAAAGUUGGUUUUUGACAACAAGGAGGUCUUUGAAUGCUUCGAUUGUCGUGCUUGGAUCACAGUUUCGCAAUCCUACUCUGUAGAAGGACUGCUGAGGGAUAUGUUGCAGAAGUUUGGCGAAGAAAGAAUGAAUGUUUCUUCGAUGGAUCAGAUGUCCUUGAUAGAUCAAGUGAGAGCCCACUUGCAUUCUAAAAGGUAUGUUAUCUUUUUUGAUGACGUAUGGAAUAAAUAUUUUUGGGAUGAGAUUGACUUUGCUCUAAUUGAUAGCAAAAAAGGAAGUAGGAUAUUAAUCACAACCAGAAACGAAGAGGUUACAGAGUUCUGUAAGAAAUCUUCUUUCAUUCAAGUGCACAAGAUAGAGCCUUUAAGUGAAAAAGAAUCUUUGAGAUUGUUUUCUAAGAAGGCAUUUGAUAUAUGUUAA